UGCUGUUUUUGGAACCGAUCACUGUUUGCUCACUCAUCUAAUCGAUCUCUCCGAUCCGUCAAGUCUAGCUAGUAUCGUAGUAGUAUUGAAUUGCUACUACUAGUAACUAAUAGAAGAUGGGUAUAUCGAAGGAGCUCUGUUGGGAUGAGGUGAAUUCUGAGAUUUCGUUGUACUGGCAAGUGGUGUUGGGUAGUUUGCUGCUGACGACGUUGAACGCGGGAUUGUACGGCUUUUUCUUUCGGCGCGCAUUUGAAGGAGCUCCAGGAUUGGCAGCUCAAUUCUUUUGCGUCACGGGAAGCAUCAAAGUCGUCUUGGGUCUCCUAGUGGCGCUGCUUUUCAGCCCUUCUUGUCCCGAUAAUUGCGCUCUGGAAAUCUGCCAAGCAGCGCACCUUCCAAGUCCUGCCUAUGGACUUAUCUGUUCCGUCAUUGGCGCCUUAUGGCUAGUCAAGGGGUACAAAUUCCACCAAAAGGCUCAGACCAUUGAAAACGGAGAAUCAGAAGGAGGGAAAGAUACCGUUUUUGAGCAGAUAUCCACUGUUGAGGUGGUCUAAAACUAGACUACCCUAGGAGAGAUUAUUGGAUGGCGAGCUUCAAAUUUGAUUACUAGCCAGGUCACCCUCGUCCACCUUCAUUCAGCCUGUUUUGGGGUUCAAUCAGCCAACUAAAGUAAUGUGAUUUUGCAUAUUUC